AUGACGACCCACCUCGUCGCGGAUUCUGACAUUGCUGUCGUCGACAGAAACACACCAGCGCCCUACAAAACACCUUUACCCAAACUGCAGCUUGCUAUUCUUUGCUCAGUCAGACUCACAGAUCCCAUAUGCUUCACCGGAGUUUUCCCUUACAUCAAUGAGCUCCUUUCUAGGCUACAUCUAGUAGACAACCCCGCCCACAUUGGUUUCUACAGCGGCCUGGUCGAAUCAACUUUCGCCUUUUUUCAGCUCAUUAGCAUCUACGAAUGGACCAAAAUAUCCGAUAAAGUUGGCAGAAGACCUGUUGUUAUAUGGGGAUCGUUCGGCCUCUCGAUUGCAACCAUCGGAUUUGGGUUCACAUCCAAUUUAUGGUCGAUUCUUUUCACGAGAGCUCUCGCGGGCCUAUUUUCCGGAAAUGCCGCUGUGCUUCACUCAAUACUUGGGGAACUCACAGACACCACCAAUCAGCAUAUAGCUUUCCCUAUUUACGGGCUCUUUUGGCCUCUAGGGAGCAUUCUCGGCCCGAUAAUAGGAGGUUCUUUGGCGGACCCAGCCAAAAAGUACCCCAAAUUGUUCAACUAUGCGCUCUUCAAAGAGUAUCCAUAUUUUCUGCCGUGUUUUGCGGCUGGUUUGAUUGCUUUCGGAACAGCUGCUGCCGCUGGGCUCUUUCUGAGAGAGACACAUCCCAACAAGCAACGGUCACUCUGCCUGCAGUGCCAUCGUUCCAUUAAUUUUGCCACUGAGCUUCCAGAUGCGAAGGAAGAAAGGAUAACCAUGAAGGAAUUGCUUAAAGUCCCGAUUAUGCGAUCCCUAACCAUUUCGGGAGCUUCCCUGUGCUUCACAGCAACAGCCUUCGAUGCAGUCUUUGUACUCUUCUGCUACACUGCGGUAGCAGAAGGAGGCCUCGGUUUCUCCACGUCCCAAAUUGGAUAUGCCCUAGCGAUGGCGGGUUCUAGCUCAAUCCUCAUCCAAAUACUAUUUCUUCCCACUCUUCUCGUAAGGUUCGAACCCGCGAGACUGUACAACUUCUGCAUGUGGUUGUGGCCUCUCUGUUAUAUCGUUCUCCCCGCCCUUCGCGUGAUUGUUCAUUCCCCCUUCCUGCUUUGGGUAGCUAUCGGUUUCGUUCUUACAGUCUCUCGAGUUGCUUGUCUGGCCUACUCCAUCAGCAUGAUCUUGGUGAAGAACCACGCCCCAUCUCCAUAUGCUCUUGGUCAGUCCAACGGGCUGGUGAUGUUCGCGAUGUGUGGUACCCGUGCCCUCGCUCCAGCGUUUGUCAGCUCAAUAUACGCGCUUUCACACAAGGACCCGGUCGCCGGUGGCUAUCUUUGGGUCGUCCUGAUGGUCUUGAUUUCGACACUUGGCUGCAGCCUGGCGGGAAGCAUUGAACAUCCCGAGGGACAAAUCCAAUUGCAUCAAGACUAA